AUUAGCUCUGAGUUGGGAUCACCCGAACCUCUUUACCUGCCAUUUAUUCAAUAACUAUUUUGCUUACUCUAUUUUAUUAAUUAUAUAUUUCCUAUUACUGUCUUCAAUCAAAUCUCAGCUAAAUUUCAAGUUCUAUUGUUACUAUGGAAUGCAUGUCUGUUUGUCUGUUACUAUGGAGUGUAUGUUUGUCUGUUACUAUGGAAUGUAUGUUUGUCUGUUACUAUGGAGUGUAUGUUUGUCUGUUACUAUGGAGUGUAUGUUUGUCUGUUACUAUGGAGUGUAUGUUUGUCUGUUACUAUGGAAUGUAUGUUUGGCUGUUACUAUGGAGUGUAUGUUUGUCUGUUACUAUGGAAUGUAUGUUUGUCUGUUACUAUGGAGUGUAUGUUUGUCUGUUACUAUGGAGUGUAUGUUUGUCUGUUACUAUGGAAUGUAUGCUUGUCUGUUACUAUGGAAUGUAUGUUUGUUACUAUGGAGUGUAUGUUUGUCUGUUACUAUGGAAUGUAUGCUUGUCUGUUACUACGGAAUAUAUGUUUGUUACUAUGGAGUGUAUGUUUGUCUGUUACUAUGGAGUGUAUGUUUGUCUGUUACUAUGGAAUGUAUGUUUGUCUGUUACUAUGGAAUGUAUGUUUGUUACUAUGGAGUGUAUGUUUGUCUGUUACUAUGGAGUGUAUGUUUGUCUGUUACCAUAGAAUGUAUGUUUGUCUGUUACUAUGUAUGGAACGUGUGUUUGUAUUGAGCUGAACUGACAUCCAGAUUAACCCAAGCUUGGUACAUGCUUCUCUGUGUGCUGAGUUUAUCAUCAUCUAAAAGUUGACUCAGGCAUCAUAAGAUGAAGGUUUUAUUUUCCUCCCUUAACUUAUCUCAGUUCCAGUUUGUUUCAAAAUAUCAAUGACAUUUUAAUCUUCAAAGUUUUGUGAUCAUUAUGUCCUCACCACAUAGUGCGGGGCCAUAUUGUCGACCUAGGCGCAUCCGUCUGUUUCCGUCCAUCCGUAAGUCCAGCAGUUUUUUCCAAAACUGCUACAGAUAUCACCUUCAAACUUUCAGGGAUAACUUAUGAGUGCAUACAGAUGUGGAUGAAAAAUAUUUAACUUGAUACCUACUUCCUGUCGGUCAUUUUGAAGUCAAAUGCUAAAAUCCUUGUCUGCAAACUUUAAGAAAAACGGCUUCACAGGCAGCCAUUUUGGAUUUUCCGUCCUAAAAUCUUGCCUGUAAAGUCUUGUCUACGCAUUUGCAGGUGAACCGU